AAGGUUAUGAAAAGCUAUCUAAGAAACAACAACUAAUUAAGAGAGAAUUAUUCAUUAUUCAUGGGUUCCGAAGAAAAAAUCAAGCUUCCGAUUCUAAACUUCACCAAAGAAGAUCUGAAGCUGGGAAGCAAUUCCUGGUCAUUUGCAUGCGAGAGGGUGCGCAAAGCACUCGAAGAACAUGGCUGCUUUGUAGUUGUGUUUGAUAAAGUUUCUGACGAGCUUGAAAAUGGUGUUUUCAAUUCCAUGAAGGAACUGUUUGAUCUCCCAACAGAAACAAAAAUGAGAAACAACUAUGAGGGGAUGCCCUUGAAAGGCUACGUUGGACAGAUCCCCAAGAUUCCUCUCCAUGAAAGCAUGGGCAUAGAUGAGGGAACAACGCUUCACAAGAUUCAAGGCUUUGCUCAAAAACUGUGGCCCAAUGGAAAUCAUCAUUUCUGUAAGAAUUUGUUUGAGUAUGCAAAGAUAGCAGAGGAAUUGGAUCGAAUGGUAGCAAGAAUGAUAUUUGAAAGUUAUGGUCUAAUGGAGGAGCAUUAUGAAGCAUACAUGGGGUCCACAAGUUAUCUCCUAAGGUUGUUGGCACACAAAUCACCAAAAGAGGUUGUUGAGGAGCCUCAACUGGGUUUGGUGUGUCACACUGACAAGAGCUUCACAACAAUUCUUCACCAAAACCAUGUCAAUGGACUCAUGGUGGAGACAAAAGAUGGGAAUUGGAUCCAUGUUGAUUUUUCUUCUACUAAUUCCUUUGUGGUCAUGGCUGGCGAUGGUUUAAUGGCAUGGAGCAAUGAGAGAAUCAAGUCACCGAACCAUAAAGUUGUGAUGAAUUAUAAUAACAAGAAUGAAACGAGGUACUCUCUUGGUUUGUUUGCCUUUUACAAAGGGAUUCUUCAAGCACCUGAAAAGCUUAUAGAUGAAGAGCACCCUUUGAAGUAUAAGCCAUUUGAUCAUCUUGCAUUACUGAACUUCAGUUACAGCGUUAACAUUAAAGACUAUUGUGGCAUGUAAUAUAAAUAUUUUUCCUUCAAGGAUUAUUAGAUAAAUUGUGUGAUAUGUAUUAUAUUCAGUAAGAUGUCAAGUGUUUGAAAUUAAAUAAUAAGUUAUUCGUAUGUUUAUUUA